GUUUAGUUCACGUGUUUGACAGUUGUGUUGUGGGGUCAUUUAUUCAGUUAUGAAAAAGCCGAAAUUAUGGUUAAACAGUUCAGUUUUACGAUAUUAUUAAGAACCAUGAAUCACAUGGGAUUGGUUUUACGAUGUGUGGUUAUGUCAAAGACACACCUGCAUGCAUCUGAUAUAAUCAACGGAUGAAUCUAGAAGUGACAUGAGCUUAAAAUACCACGUCAAUGAUUAAUCGAUCAUAAUAAAUGGCGCACAUAUUAUUCACCAUCAAAACUCCUAUUGUAAAAUAGAUAAGGAUUAUCUACCUUAUCUAAAAUUCGUCGAUUGGCAACUUAUCGACAACCUUGCUCGUCGAAUCGCGUGAUAACAGUUUUUGGACAUUUAUCAUUUGGGAGUUCAGGCUCUGGUGUUCAUGUGUUAGGUGUCUGCAGAAUUUAAAUUUCGCGUGAUGGCGCGGAAUUGGGAUAAAUUUUGUUUGCUCUUGUGGAAAAAUUGGCUUUUACAAUGGAGGCACAAAAUUCAAACAGUGGUCGAAAUUUUGGCACCUGUCCUAUUCAGUGGUCUCCUGGUGCUGAUCAGGAGUUUAGUGGAACCAGAAAACAAGGCUGUUAGUAUGUUUCAACCUUUUAAUCCUUUAGUGGAUUUACCAUUCCCGAAUACAAACCGCUGGAAAUUCAGAGACAGAACUACCAAUUGUCCAAAUUGGCAAGUAGCAUGGUCUCCUCACAGUGCAGAGAUGGAGAAGAUGAUGGAGAUUGCAAUGAACCAGUUUCAUGAUGCAAGCCAUAAGCCUGAUCUCAAAUCUUUUGCCAACGCUUCCGAUAUGUCUCUAUAUUUGCUAAGCCCUAUUAAUAAUACUAUGGCAUGUACUCUGGCUGGUGUGGAUUUUGGAGAUAGUUUACAAGGAAUAAAAACAAUUCCAAAGAAGAUCUCGUAUUCCUUACGAUUUCCUUCUGAAUCCCGAAUGGGUGAUGGUGGACCACGAAGUGCCUUUGAUAAUUGGCGGACGAAUUUAUUAUACCCACUAUUCCAAAUUCCAGGACCAAGAGACCCUGAGGCUGAGGACGGCGGUAGAGUUCCAGGUUAUGCCUCAGAAGGAUUCCUUAUACUUCAAUCUAUGAUAAAUAUGGCUUUUGUCAAGCAUCAUGCAGGAAACGGUGCCUCGAUACCUUUGGUAGAAAUAAAUCGUUACCCGUACCCGAAAUAUAUUGAUGAUCCUUUACUUCUAGCUUUGCAAUCAUUUAUUUCGAUUGUAAUAAUGCUGAGUUUUGUAUACACAUGUACAAACACCGUGAAGGUGGUGACAGCGGAAAAGGAAUUACAACUUAAAGAAGCAAUGAAGAUCAUGGGUUUACCAAAUUGGUUGCAUUGGACGGCGUGGUUUAUCAAAACAUUCACAUUCACGACAGUUUCAUGUAUUUUAAUCGUAAUCCUUGUUAAGGUGCAAUGGUAUGCUGAUUCCGAUAUGGCAGUUUUCACACAUGCUGAUGGAACAGUUCUGUUUGUCUUUCUUCUAUUAUAUAUGUUUUCUUCAAUUACCUUCUCUUUUAUGAUAAGUGUCUUCUUUUCCAAAGCUAAUACAGCAGCAGCUAUAUCAGGAUUAGCUUGGUUCCUGUCUUAUGCUCCUUAUUUGUUUAUGCAACAAGAAUAUGAAUCGAUGAGUUUGGGCCAAAAAAUCGGAGCAAGUCUUGCUGGAAAUACGGCCAUGGCUUAUGGAAUGCAAUUGAUGCUCAUGCACGAAGGCACCGGAGCAGGUGUACAGUGGAGUAAUGUCUGGGCACCAGUAACACCUGACGACGAUUUUUACAUGGGCCAUGUGAUGUUGAUGUUGGUUUUAGAUGGCAUUAUUUACUUUUUGAUUACAUUAUACGUGGAAGCUAUAUUUCCUGGAGAGUAUGGGGUUCCUCAACCAUGGUAUUUCCCUUUCACUGCUAGCUACUGGUGCGGAGAAAGUUAUAAAGGAGUAGAAGACAUUUCAUCAGCCAGAUCUGCCCACGACGACAUAAUUGAACCUGACCCUAUAGGACUAAAAGCUGGAAUACAAGUAAAACAAUUAGGAAAAAUAUAUAGUAAUAAAAAAGUUGCUGUCGAUGGUCUCAACUUAAAUAUGUUUGAAAAUCAAAUAACAGUUUUGCUUGGUCAUAAUGGUGCUGGAAAAACUACUACAAUGUCCAUGAUUACAGGUAUGUUUCCUCCAACUUCUGGAACUGCUACAGUAAAUGGUCAUGAUAUCAGAACGGACAUCAGCGGUGUACGUGAUUCUUUAGGCCUUUGUCCGCAACACAAUAUUUUAUUUGGUGAUCUUACAGUACGAGAACAUUUAUUAUUUUUUGCUAAAUUAAAAGGCGUUUCAGGAGCUGACAUUCAGAAAGAAGUAAAUUAUUAUAUUGACCUGCUAGAACUUCGACCUAAGGCAGAUUGUGCGUCAUCCACUUUGUCAGGAGGAAUGCAACGUAAAUUAUCAGUUGGUGUCGCUUUAUGCGGAGGCUCCAAAGUUGUUUUGUGUGAUGAACCCACCUCUGGCAUGGAUCCUGCAGCACGAAGAGCUCUUUGGGAUUUACUACAGUCAGAGAAAAAAGGUCGUACUAUUCUCUUGUCCACACAUUUCAUGGACGAGGCUGAUUUGCUAGGUGAUCGUAUUGCUAUCAUGGCAGGCGGCAAAUUGAAGUGCGCUGGAUCUUCUUUCUUUUUGAAGAAGAAAUUUGGGGCAGGUUAUCAUUUGGUCAUUGUCAAAGACACUGGCUGUGAGGUUACCAAAGUUACUGAUUUGCUUCGAAAAUAUAUACCGGAUAUUAAAGUUGAGACCGAUAUUGGAACAGAAUUAUCGUAUUCUCUAGAUGAACGACAGAGUCAUGUAUUUGAGAGCAUGUUGAGCGAUUUAGAAAAUCAUUCUAGCCAACUUAGACUUUUAAGUUAUGGUGUAUCAUUAACAACUUUAGAAGAAGUAUUCAUGAAAGUCGGCGCGGAUCAUAGUGGAGAUGUACCUUCAUCAGAUUCUGAUACUUCAAAUGGCACAAACGGCAAUGGCAUACAUAAUGAUACAGAUGUCGAACAUAACGAAACUUACCAUAAAGGAGGCCAAGUAAAAUUACUAUCAGGAACCUCACUAGUCUACAACCAGUUCCGAGCUAUGUUGAUAAAAAAAUUUAUCAUCUGGUACAGAAAUUGGUUAUUAUUUUUAAUUCAAAACAUUAUACUUAUUGCUUGCUUAAUCAUUACUGUUAUAGUGGCUCGUUCUAUGGGAGGUGACGAAGAUUUGCCGCCCUUAAAAAUAGACUUGAGUAAAUACGACAAAACAAUGACAGUGUUACAAAAUAAUUCAAAUAGCGAAGUUAUGAAUAAAAUGAUCGAGCACUAUAUAACAUUAUUAGGUAAUUCGAAGGAUAGUUAUGAAGUCACAACUGAUACUGAUAUGAAUAAACAUGUACUUAAUGCGAUAAAAGGAAAAAUCCCAACAUAUAAUAUGGAAUACGUAGCUGGGGCAUCUUUUGUAGGAUCCAGUAAUGCAAAAGUCACAGCAUGGUUCAACAACCAACCAUACCAUGCACUACCUUUAACUCUGAAUUUGGCUUACAAUGCAAUAUUAAAGGGCCUGAUGAAAGAUGCGGAAUAUGGAAUUGAAGUUCAAAAUGAACCAUUGCCUUUUACACAAGAUACAAAGAUAAAAAGAUUGUCUACUGGCAACAAUAUGGGUUUCCAACUUGCAUUCAAUACUGGAUUUUCUAUGGCUUUUGUUGCAGCUUUUUACAUUCUCUUCUGCGUCAGAGAAAGAGUAUGCAAAGCCAAACAUCUACAAUUUGUAUCAGGGGUAGAAGUAACAUGUUUUUGGGUGAGCAGUUUUCUUUGGGAUUUCCUCUCUUACACCGUUACAGCAUUAUUGUGGGUCAUUACUGUGGCGCCUUUCCAACAGGACGGUUUUGCUACUGGCUCAGAAUUAGGUCGGUCAUUUUUCGUACUGUUACUGUUUGGAUACUCAGUCUUGCCUCUGAUUUAUGUCACAUCCUUCCUUUUCGAUAUUCCUUCAACAGGAUUUGUUAGGAUGACAUUGAUCAGUAUAUUUGCAGGUGUUGCUACAUUUAUGGUUGUCGAAAUUUUAAAUCAACCUAGUUUGAAGUUGGAUCAUAUAGGUAGAGCUUUGCAUUGGGUAUUCCUAUUAAUACCCCAUUACACCGUCAGUUCAGCUUUCAAGAACUUAAACGAUAUAAGUAGUUUCAUGAAGUUUUGCCAAUUGGCAUUAGAAGCCGCUCCGGGGCUUACGCAAGAACAACUAUGUGCCUUUAAUUCUAGAUCGGGAUGUUGCUAUGAUGAAGGUACUUUCUUCCAAUGGGAGGCACCAGGAAUUGGUAGAAAUCUUGUAUAUUUUGCUUUAGUUGGAUUUUUCUUGUUUAUUUUCCUGAUACUGAUGGAGUACAGAGUUGGUCAUAAAGCAUUGUACAGAAUGCGGAAUCUUUACAAACCUGCACCGCCGACCGAGAGUGAAGAUGGUGUUUUAGAUUCGGAUGUACAAGUUGAAAAAGAUAUGGUUCGCGCUCUUAGCCAUUCGGAAAUAUCACAACAUGCUUUGGUAUUAAAAGAUGUUACCAAAUAUUACAAAGAUUUCCUUGCUGUAAACCAGUUAUGUGUUGGUGUACGACAUUCGGAAUGUUUUGGCCUUUUGGGAAUAAAUGGCGCCGGUAAAACUUCCACAUUCAAAAUGAUGACCGGCGAUGAGAUGAUAUCUUAUGGUGACGCCUGGGUUAAUGGAAUGUCCUUAAAAACUGACAUGAAACGUGUUCAUCAAGUUAUCGGUUACUGUCCACAGUUCGACGCCCUCAUUGACGAAUUAACUGGAAGAGAAACAUUAAUAAUGUUUUGUCUUCUAAGAGGCGUGCCUCCAAAUUCUGCGAAAAAAUUGGCGAAAAAACUAGCACAUGAAUUGAAUUUCAAUCAACACAUUGAUAAAAAGAUUAAAGAAUACAGUGGAGGUAACAAGAGAAAAUUAAGUACAGCUAUAGCAUUGAUUGGAGAACCUUCAGUUGUUUAUUUGGAUGAACCAACUACAGGUAUGGAUCCAGCUGCAAAGCGUCAUUUAUGGAAUGCUGUAUGUCGAAUGCGAGAUAAUGGUGUUUGUAUCGUAUUAACUUCUCAUAGUAUGGAGGAAUGUGAAGCAUUGUGCACCAGGCUUGCUGUCAUGGUUAAUGGCGAAUUUAAAUGUUUAGGUUCAACGCAACAUUUGAAGAAUAAAUUCUCUAAAGGUUACACGUUAAUAGUAAAAUUAAAGAAGAAUAAAAUAGAAAGAAUGGCUUCCUUAGAACAUGGUGAUCGUUCACCAACUGAAACAAUUCCUUUGACCCGAAUGAAUUCAGGAUCACGCCCUCGGUCCAGCCAAACAGCAGCUGAUAUGGAUGCCUGCAUGCGAGCUGUCGACAGCUUUAUUUUAGAUAAUUUCCCGACAGCUGUGCUGAAAGAAUCACAUCAAUGUCUAUUAACUUACUACAUUCCUUCAACUGACAUUCCUUGGUCGCGUAUGUUUGGUGUUAUGGAAUCAGGAAAAGCGCAGUUUGGCAUCGAAGACUAUUCUUUAGGACAAACUACGCUAGAACAAGUUUUCUUAUCCUUCACCAAAAAGCAACGUUCUGAGGAUAAUCCUGGGCCUUAAAUUUAUAGCUUCAUCUCUGUGAUACAUAUAAUAAACCAAAAACAAGUAUAUUGUGUACUAAAAGUAUCGUAAUAGUAAUUUCAAUUUUAAGGAACAGAAUUUUAGUGAAUCUAAUUUUAUAUUUUCAGAGUUAUAGCUCGAAUAGUCAAUGUUAUUUCUGCGCCUAUUUCAAAUUGUGCUGGCAUGAUUUUAAUAGAGCUAAGUAGUUCAUUCUUACAUGCUUGUAUGUGAUAAAGAUUAUAUAUGAUAUGAUACAGUAUUUACGCAUUCACUUUAAGUAUUAAUCCAAAGAUGUUGACAUCUUUAACGUGUUUGAACUUAAUGUUUUAGAGAACAUUAAAGCAACACCUUUAAUCUUAAACUGGCGAUGUUGUAUUGUUUGGUCGUAUUUAACAUAAGGUCGUAUGU